CAGAACCUGAAUCAGAAACAUGUCAAGACAAAAACCACCAAGCGGCUUGGGCUGAAUUCAAAGCUUUGAAGAAAAAGAACUUUUCACUUAAAUCAAUGCUCAACCGCCCUGGGUCAAACCUUCCAUCCGAUCCAUCUGUCCACCUUCAUCCCGACACUGCCGAGCUAGUUGAUCUCGAAAGCCUCCACCAAGCUGACGAGGCUGAUCGCGAACACGAGUCCGCCCGUGAUGGUGGGGAAGCCAAGCCCAAACGAGGCCCAGUCUUGAGCCGCUCCCGCACCCAUAAUGACCAACUCAUUGUGGGUACGUGCGGCAUUAUAUUGUCUAGGCGAACUUUCUACAAUGCUGAAGCACCCAGUGCUCUGAGAGACUACCUUGUCGAAGCGUUCCCUGAUGGUCUCCCGGAGGUGAUCUUUUACGAUAAUGCCUGCAACCUCUUAAGAGUUAUACAUAAUGGAGACAAGGACCCCGCCCCCUUCGAACACACUGUCAUCCCUGUGGACCCUUUCCACCAUCGCUCUCAUAAAGAGAGCGAUACGUUUUGUCAAAUGUAUACUGACCCCAAAAAAUUUCCAGACUUGCAAGAGAGUGGGUCUUGGAUCUUUAAUGCCUCUGCUGGGGAGUUGAGUAACAUAUGGUAUGGUGGAUUUGCAUCUAUGUGUCGGAACAUGCAAGCUACCCGGUAUGAGUUUUUUUUGGAGGAAAUGGUUGAACUUCGCAACAUGUGGCUGAGUGACGCGUUGGCUGCCCGGCCAUCCUUGGAGUUUAUUGGGAUACAAAAGUUGUGAUAGUUCAAAGUCAAUUUGUAGUGAUCAACGCCGGUGUGACAACGUUUUGAUACUGGGUUCAACAUAAUCUUUUGUCACCCAACAUCAUUUUCUGCGAAAUCAUCCAUCCGAGAGCUAUUCAUCAUUGGGUUUACAUUUGGUCUUAAGAUCGACUCAUGUUGAUUUCUAUCAUGCUAAAACUGUGAACUCAAAAUUCCAUUCUAUUGAAAUUUGACCUCGUC